UCAUUUCCAAUGGCGGCUCAACUAUAAAUGGACCCUCGUUUGGAUUGUCGACAUUCCUUGUUCAAAAUGCAACGCGGCUAUUUCGUUCUUUAUCUUGCCUGUUUCAUAGGAUUAGCAGUCCUUAGCGUGCCUCUAGGAUUAGCAGUCGAAGACUGCAUUUCCAAAAAGAACUGUACAUCCGAUUUUAAACCUGUUUGCGGUAGUUCUCAGUACCAGGACGAAUAUAAAACUUUUUUUAGCAAAUGUGACCUCGAAAUCAGUGUGGAAUGUGAUGGAGAAGAUGUUCUACCCAACCCUGAAGCCCUUCAAUUACAAAGAGAUAUUCCUCAUUUGUCCACUGCAAACAAGAAAUCGAAGGAGUGGACGAACUUCGUUAUAGGCGCCAAGGUCAAGACGCCUCAUUUCCAAUGGCCGCUAAACUAUAAAUGGAUGCUCCCUUUGCAGUGUCGCCAUUCCUUGUUCAAAAUGCGUCUCGGCUACUUCGUGCUUUAUCUUGCCUGUUUUAUAGGAUUAGCAGUCGGAGAUAGCUUCAAAGACUGCAUUUCCAAAAAGACCUGUAAAUACGACUUAGGUCCUAUUUGCGGUAGGUCUGACGCCCAGGACAUAGUUAAAACUUUUUCUAGCAUAUGUGACCUCGACAACAGGGUGGAAUGUGCAGGAGAAGAUUGGAGGGUCUUAAAAAAUGGCAGAUGCUAGAGAAAACAUGAGAAAUAUUGAGGUAAACACUCGCCGCAAAAGGAAGCUGAUAUGAAAUAACUCUGUCAAUAUGAUUUAAUUUUAACUUAAAUGUUUCCCGGUUUUGAUUAUUUUUUAAAAAUUGAUAGCCUGUGUUUAUUUUUAUUAUAUCCUUAGUAAUAAUCAAUCGAAUAAUCAUUUAUACUAAUGUCAUUCACCUGAUUUAAACAACCAGCAUAAUAUUGAUUUUUAAAACUAAAUUAAGAUUUGAAGAAUGAUCAUCAAGAAGAAAAACUAAAAUUGAAAGUAACGAUAUUUAAAAAAACAUCUGGUGCGCGCAACACACAACUUUCACUUACCGCUCUACUUUGAAUAGAAAUUAUUUUCUGGCAAUGCUGGGGUAUUAUAAAAUUUUUGAAGUGCAUUUUAAACGGAGCUAAAACUGGAAGUUUACAAAUAACAAAUCAUUAAUAUCAAUGAAAUUACAAAGAGUCUAUUUAUUAUAUCGUCGGUAGGCAAUAAAACUCGAGACACUCCAUCUGCUUUUAUAAACCACACAAGUUCAGUCUUUGAGCCUUGGGUUGACAUAAUGAAUAUGUACCUAGAGAGGUUCGAAAGGUUUUUAUUGCCUUUCAUGGAUAGGUCAAAUGUUGUCAAACUAAUUGUAAUGAUGUCGGGAUUUCACAACGAGAAAAUUGAUCAAAUUAUUCACUAAUUUUCUGAAAGGUUACUUAAUAAUUUUUUUAAACCAAUGGGCGUUAGAUAAGUAAUUAUUUAAAUAUAAUAUCUUAUCUAGAAUUAAUACUCCAUAGUAAAUAUAUUUGAGGUUAUUAACAUAUCCAUAGUUAACGAAUCGGAGGCAGUGGAGACUUUAUAAGUAAUGUUUUAAUUCAUAAAGUUACAAAUGGCAUCUAAAAUACAGAGUAAUAUAGUAUGGAUA